AUGUCUAGCCAACCUCUUCUCCAGACCGCACCGGGCAAGCGCAUCGCCCUCCCUACGAGAGUCGAGCCCAAGGUCUUCUUCGCCAACGAGCGCACCUUUCUCUCAUGGCUCAACUUCACCGUCAUUCUCGGCGCCCUCGCCAUCGGCAUGCUCAACUUUGGCGACCGCCCGGCCUUUAUCAGCGCCUUCCUCUUCACUGGCGUUGCCAUGCUCACCAUGAUCUACGCCCUAGCCACGUACCACUGGCGUGCGAAAUCCAUCCGCGUCCGCGGCCAGGCCGGCUUUGACGACCGCUUUGGCCCCACCUUUUUGGCCAUCAUCCUACUGCUGGCCGUCGUUGUCAACUUUGUCCUGCGCAUAACGUACUCGUCCAAGGAGGGAAAGCACUAA